GGCUCUAGCUGACAUGAACAAUGAUGGGAGGAUGGAUCCGUUGGAGUUUUCCAUCGCUAUGAAACUCAUCAAACUGAAGCUCCAGGGUUACCAGCUCCCGGCCGCGCUGCCGCCUGUCAUGAAGCAGCCACCCCUCGCCCUGCCUGGAGCCCCAGGAUUUGGUCUCGGGGGCAUUGCCAACAUGCCCUCCCUCAGCACUGUGGCCCCGGUGCCCAUGGCAUCUAUCCCAGUYGUGGGGAUGUCCCCCCCACUGGUGUCCUCUGUCCCUGCAGCUGUCCCUCCCAUGGCUAACGGAGCUCCUGCUGUCAUCCAGCCCCUGCCUGCUUUCGCUCACUCCGCCACUUUGCCAAAGAGUUCUUCCUUCAGCCGCUCUGGGCCGGGAGCACAGCUCAAUGCAAAGCUGCAAAAGGCACAAUCCUUCGACGUGGCCAGUGCUCCUGCCGCGGCAGAGUGGGCUGUGCCUCAGUCCUCACGGCUCAAGUACCGGCAGCUCUUCAACAGCCACGACAAAACCAUGAGUGGMCAUUUGACAGGUCCCCAAGCAAGAACGAUUCUCAUGCAGUCAAGUUUACCCCAGGCUCAGCUGGCUACAAUAUGGAAUCUUUCUGACAUUGAUCAAGAUGGGAAGCUGACAGCUGAGGAGUUUAUCCUGGCUAUGCACCUCAUUGAUGUAGCUAUGUCUGGUCAGCCACUGCCACCUGCACUGCCUCCAGAGUACAUCCCACCCUCGUUCAGAAGAGUCCGCUCUGGCAGUGGGAUUUCUGCUGCCAGUUCAGUGUCUGUAGACCAAAGGUUGCCAGAAGAACCAGCAUUGGAAGAAGAGCAGCAGCAACUGGAAAAGAAAUUACCAGUGACCUUCGAAGACAAGAAGCGGGAGAACUUUGAGCGGGGCAAUCUGGAGCUGGAGAAGCGCAGGCAGGCACUCCUGGAGCAGCAGCGCAAGGAGCAGGAGCGCCUGGCCCAGCUGGAGAGGGCCGAGCAGGAGAGGAAGGAGCGCGAGAGGCAGGAGCAGGAGCGCAAGCGGCAGCUGGAGCUGGAGAAACAACUGGAGAAACAGCGGGAGCUGGAGCGGCAGCGCGAGGAGGAAAGGAGGAAAGAGAUCGAGAGGAGAGAGGCUGCCAAACGGGAGCUGGAGAGGCAGCGGCAGCUGGAGUGGGAGCGCAACCGGCGGCAGGAGCUGCUGAACCAGAGGAACAAGGAGCAGGAGGACAUUGUGGUGCUGAAGGCAAAGAAGAAAACCUUGGAAUUCGAGCUGGAAGCUCUCAACGAUAAAAGAAACCAGUUGGAGGGGAAGCUGCAGGACAUCAGGUGUCGGCUGUCGACCCAAAGACAAGAAAUUGAAAGUACAAAUAAAUCCCGAGAACUCAGAAUUGCAGAAAUCACCCAUUUGCAGCAGCAGCUACAGGUGAAAAAGCCUUCUCUAAUUUUAUUCUUAGCUUUGAAUGCUGACCUCCUCAAAAACAUCGACAUCCUGAGCAAACUUGGGCUGACCUGUUCCUCACACUUAUAGAAUCACUGUAGAUAA